GGGGCGCCCCCCAUGCUGCUGCAGCCCGCGCCGUGCGCCCCGAGCGCGGGCUUCCCGCGGCCCCCGGCCGCCCCCGGCGCCAUGCACGGCUCGCAGAAGGACACCACGUUCACCAAGAUCUUCGUGGGCGGCCUGCCCUACCACACCACCGACGCCUCGCUCAGGAAGUACUUCGAGGGCUUCGGGGACAUCGAGGAGGCCGUGGUCAUCACCGACCGCCAGACGGGCAAGUCCCGCGGCUACGGCUUCGUGACCAUGGCCGACCGAGCGGCGGCCGAGAGAGCUUGCAAAGACCCGAACCCCAACAUCGACGGCCGCAAGGCCAAUGUGAACCUGGCGUAUCUGGGCGCCAAGCCGAGGAGCCUCCAGACGGGCUUUGCCAUCGGCGUGCAGCAGCUGCACCCCACCUUGAUCCAGCGGACUUAUGGGCUGACCCCCCACUACAUCUAUCCGCAAGCCAUCGUCCAGCCCAGUGUGGUGAUCCCGGCUGCCCCGGUCCCGUCGCUGUCCUCGCCCUACAUCGAGUACACGCCGGCCAGCCCGGCCUACGCCCAGUACCCGCCGGCCGCCUUUGACCAGUACCCGUACGCCGCCUCGCCCGCCACGGCCGCCGGCUUCGUGGGCUACGGCUACCCGGCCGCCCUGCCCCAGGCGCUGUCGGCCGCGGCCCCCGCGGGCACCGCCUUCGUGCAGUACCAGCCUCCGCAGCUGCAGCCCGACAGGAUGCAGUGAGGGACCCACACGCCGGCCGGGCGGCUGGCCAGCUGCGGGCUGCGCGGCCCCACGUGUGUCUCCGGGGACCCCGCGGGACCCCGGACGGACUGGAGACCGCUUCUUUAUAAAUCCAGGCCCCGCUGCGUCUCCAGGGCGGCCUUAGGGAGGAAGAACGCCUGGAAGGUCUUCGAAGAUGCAACCCAGACCUCGCGCACACCGCCAGCCUUCUUCCUGCACCUCUCGCCCGUCCCCGCUCCCCCCGUGCCCCCAGGCCUGUCCCCCCAGCACCCGGCCGGGCCCUCUCACCCUCCACAGACUGGCUGCCCGCUGGGCUGCGGAGACACCGCGUCCUGCUCAGAGAUGCCUUAGCCCGGGGCCGCCCGAGAGCACCACGGGGGGCAGGCCGCGCCGCAGGUGCAUCCACGAGCCGCCGCCGUAGGAGGUGUCGGGGGGCACCUGCCUCCGGAAUCCGCAUCUUCUAGACCGCAGCCCGCACCCCACCCCGCCCGGGGCUCCCGGGCACAGCAGGGCCGCUGGCGACGUCCUUUCCUGUCAAAGCUGCAACUCUUUUUCUUACCGUCGUUGUUUUGCUACUAAGAUGAUUUCAGAAUGUCUAGUCUAUUUUUUCAACCGGAACUCCCACCACCAAGAAUCCAGAACCUAUUUUUGACUCGGAGAGACACCUUUGUCGAUGGCUCCGCCCGAGGAACCCGGUGAUAGUGUUUCCGUGGGAUAAAGCCUCUGCCAGCUGGGGGGCGGGCGUCUGCAGGCGACGGCAAGUCGUCUCAGAGCUUGGUCCCCUCCUUGUUCACAAAGGGCAGGAGGAGCGGGGCCCGAGGUGGUGCCGGCUGAGGGGCCGGAACGCAGCAUCCUGGCCAGCGACGGGGUCCCCGAGUGUAGAACCACACGGCCGCACCUGCCCUGCCCCCCGUGUGGUGUCCCCUGCUGUAUACCAGCCUGGGUGGUGGGGCUGAGCUGAGACACCCACCCCUCCCCUGGGGGCUCAGUCCUGGGUGGAGGUGAGAUGUUCCGGGGGCCAUCGGGGGGGGGCCCCGCUCAGCGGAGGAGGGGAGUGAGCCGAGGGCCAGACUGGCAGAGGGAUUUGGGAGGGGCGGGCCGCAGAGUGGGGGGCACUGGGGGUAUUCCUUUGGACCUACCUCAGGGAAGUGGGGGGUCUCAGGGGCUGACUGACGUGGGCAAGCACUUCGCGGCACGCCUGGUACAGAGUCAAGGCCCAGAAGUUAAAGGUAGCUAAUAUUAUAAUAAUAUUUUUAUUAGAACGUUCUGAUUAUAAAAAUAAAACUUGUUUUCUUUAAAGAAAAA